AGGAGACGAUGUCCACGUUACCAAUAACUCUGUCGUGCCUGCUGCUGCUUGCAGCUGCGUCCUCGGCCAAGCCGGCACUGGACAGGGCGAAGAAGACAAGCGAUCCUAACCAGUGGAAAUUACCAUGUUUUUUGGGAGGUCGUGUCCACUUCCACGGUGCUGUGUUUCUGGCCGAAAACCGAUGUAGCAGGCUUCAGUGCAUUUACGGGCGGAUAUAUUUUGUUGAUAUAAAGUGCUUUCACAACAACACAUGCUACAACGCCGGCGACAACAUCAGAGCGGGACAAAAUGGCUGCCAACUCUUGAAGUGUCAAAGAAACGGAGAGUUAAGGCCUGUUCAAAGUGAUCGUAGCAGGUGUAGGGACGCUGGCAUCAAGUGGAGUCUCCCUCUGGACUCUUAGUAUCCUGUUGAAGCUGGAUUUCAAAAGUAUUCAGGACACGUAACGGAUUGAGCUGACUUGCUGUGUAAUGCAAUAAAAUGUAAAGUUUUGUUCAAUGAAUAAAUUGCAAUUUACGCUU